CCUCACACAAGCUGUGUGUCGCCUCCGGGAGAUGGUCAUUCCCUCUCCAUGUGAAUAGGAGGAGCCUUUAGUUUUAGAGGACACGACUUCAAGUCCAGGUGCUGAGGAGAGGGAAAGAGCGAGAGGGGUGGUGUGGUUUAUGCAGGUAAACACUAGUAAUCUCGACCACAGAGAGGCAAGUGCGGAGUUUAGCCCACACCCAGCACGCUUGCGGACACCGUCCCGAUCCACCUGUGUUGCUGUAUCUUCCGUUUCAGCAACCCGCGAGUGGGAAGCAGCCAAUGCCAAUGCGCUCUCGACUGUGGACGGUGCUCGCAAGUCAGAGGAUGCGUAAAAAUGCUUAGUAACUGGAAUAGCAGGUGCUGGAAGAAGGGCGUCCGACUGUCAACACGUCUAAACUGUGCGCAUAGCGCCGAGCGCUGAUGUUCAAACCAUGGAGAAACAAGCUCUUGCAACGGCUCUGAGCUUGUCCAUGAGCGUUGUCUCUUUACUCUUGCUGGUCACCGCUAUCUUCACCGACCAUUGGUACGAGACAGACACCAGAAGGCAUAAGGAGAACUGCGACGAGUAUGGGUCGGAUUCUAACGACCAGAAAAACAGGGAGAUGCCAAUAUACCACUUGCCUCUUGUGGACAGCGGUAACUCCAAACGGAACGUGGCGCUUAUGAAGCCGAUUCACGUCGGGAGUAGAGAGGAGGAAUUGCUUGAGAACUGGAGGGCGAUACUGGGGAUGGGGAUUCUUGAGACGGAAUGUGGGCGUCCGUUGUUCUCCACAUAUUCUGGACUGUGGAGAAAAUGCUACUUUCAAGGCAUGGACCGAGAUAUCGAUAAACUCAUAUCAAAGGGUAUUGCGGACCGAUGCACAACUGUCAAGUACCAUUUCUCUCAGCCCAUUCGGCUUCGAAACAUCCCGCUCAACCUGACGAGAACCAUUCAGCAAGAUGAAUGGCAUCUCUUACAUCUGCGGCGAAUCACGGCGGGGUUUCUGGGGAUGGCGGCUGCCGUUUUGUUGUGUGGCAGCAUUGUGGCCACAGUGGGCUUCUUUUGGGAGGAGAGCCUCACCCAGCACGUCUCCGGCCUGCUCUUCCUCAUGGCAGUUACAAUUUGUCCCCUCCAGGGAUCUUCUGCACCAUCUCCUUGUGCACCUACGCCGCCAGCGUCUCCUAUGACCUCUCGCGGAACCCACCCUUCAUCUACGGACUGCCCGGCGACGUGGACCAUGGCUACGGCUGGUCCAUCUUCUGCGCCUGGGUCAGCCUGGGACUGACCGUGGCAUCAGGCUGCCUCAGCACCACCUACCCCUUCCUCAGCCAAACCAAGGCCCUGCACUUCAAAACCGCAAGGGAGUCCUCAGUAUGAGCAGUGUGAGAGAAUUGAGUGCCCCCUGUAGAUUCGGGGGGGGGGGGGGGGGGGGAUGAAUUGUUGGUGUGGACAUUUUGUUGCUGACUGAAAACCAAUAUAAGAGGAGAUGCUUUAUUUUUUAUGAAACCAGAGAUGACAACAUAGUGUUUCAGUGAGAUGUGGGAAUCUUGUUGCUCUUUUGUGGACUCUUGUCAUCCUUUAUCGAGGUGUUAUGCAAGGUGCAGGUGUUAUGAUGUGUUAUUUAUGUGUGUUUGUAUGUGCACACAGGCAAACUCACACAUACAUAUGGACCUACACACACAAAUUGUUAGUUCUCUCUCUCUCGCUGUCUCUCUCUCUCUCUCCAAGACAUGGAGAACAACAUGAGAGUGAAUAACAUGAAACAACAUAAAUACCCACACACACAGAAAACAUGUGUGUAUAUAUUACCAUAUAUAUGAAAAGGGCAUACUUCUUAUUGGUGGUUUGGUAAGAUUGAAUCAAAUGGACAUUGUAUAAAAAUACUAGUAUCACUUUGAAAGCAAGAACCCUUUUUUUCAGAUGUAAGUGGUAUAUUUUCAAAACUCUUAAGUACAAAACUCUAAACUGAUAACAUGUGUAAUGCCCCCUAUCUUAUGUUCUGAACUUUUGACUGUGCAUUCAUCGGGGUUUCACACAUCUUUCACCCCUGAGUCAUUAAUGCAAAAUCAAAGUUUUCCUCAAAUACCACAAGCACAUUUCUUUUGUCACCAAUACAUCAGAUAAUGAUAGGCUCACCAUAUAGUCAUUUGAACUACCACUUUCAAUUGUUGUUUUUUUUCAAUCACUUUGGCGCAAUUUUCAUUAGUAUAUGGUACAUUUUCGCAACAAGCACAAAAAUCAAAACAGAUCAUCACAAUCGCUCAUGUUUCAAAACUUUAAGCACAUUUUUAAUUGACUGAGUACAACAAACAAAUUCACAAAGUCACUUGUUCACUGCACCAAAUCACCUUUUCAAUUUAGAUAAAUAUUCAAUAUAUAUAUCUGCUUUUCAAAAUGCAAUAUUCACUUUACUUUUGAUAUUAGUUUCUUGUUAUUUGUUGACAAUACUAUAAACUAUCACUUAAUCAAACUGCUCAAAAUGACUGAACCACAAUUAUGUACUGCCUAGUUAACAUAUAUAGUUUGAUAACUGUUGAACACUGUAAAUGUCUACAUUUUUACCUAAAUGUAUCAAUUUGACAUCAAUUUAUGCUGGAAGUUUUGAAACAUGAGCCAUUUUCAUUAUCUGUUUAGAUUUUUGUGUUUGGAGUUGUGUACCACAUACCACAUACAUACUGUACCACAUACCACAUACAUACUGUACCACAUACCACAUACAUACUGUACCACAUACCACAUACAUACUGUACCACAUACCACAUACAUACUGUACCACAUACCACAUACAUACUGUACCACAUACCACAUACAUACUGUACCACAUACCACAUACAUACUGUACCACAUACCACAUACAUACUGUACCACAUACCACAUACAUACUGUACCACAUAGUGAUUGAAAAAAAAUGUUAUCCAUAGCCUAUGAGAUCCGAUGGAUUCGAUUGGUAAUUUCAGUUGUGGCAAUCAAUUGUACAAAGUUUUUAGCAAACCCAUUAACCAGUCCCUUCCCAAACAGAUGAGGCAUAAUCACUAAUAAUUUGCCAGACUGUGAGAAGAAUGCUGACAAUGAUAGACAAAGGACUACAGGGUUUGUUGCUUACAUAGUUAAGGAAAGUCAUUUUUCUCGCCCAACACAAAUGGUGUACAAUUCUACAUUGAAAUGUGAAAACAGUGGAAACUGGAUGAGAUAAUGUUGACACCGCUUGAAUGAAUGUAAGACUUUUGUGUUGAACCAUUAUCACAGAUAUUCUGAGCAGCCAACAGUGAGCGGUGGGCUCUGAAAGUUAGUUGCUGCCCCAUGGAAUGGCCAGCUUUCGCAACAACUCUAUCUGACCUGGAAGACUUGUAGGGACCUUGAAUGGCUUGUGGGGACAUUAAAUGACAUGUGUGGACUUUGCAGGUUAUGUAUGUUCAACUCAGCGUGCUGUUUCAGAAGCAGAGCAGCAUUUCUGAAACAGUACAAUGAGCUUCAAGUCUUCUCUAUGAAUUGUAAAUAAAAGAUUAUCAACAAGAACGUA